AUGGAUAAGGAAUAUUCAAAACAAUAUGGAAAUGGAUUAAAAUAUUUUCCUUUCUUUGCAGAUAUGAAUACCACUGAUGACACCAACAAUCAUAACACUGUUAUGCAGUUUCAUGAUUUCAUUCAUAAAACACCAACAGAAUACUUUAACUCAAUGUAUUCUACUAAUUCUGAUGUUCCACAGAUUUUUACAACUGGAAAUAAUAACUCAUUCAACAACCUGACGAAUAUCCCUAUUCAGUCGGUAGUGAACGACUGUGAUAUGUUUGAAACAGAGGCAUUCGCUCCUUCUCCUCUUUGUACUAAUAAUUUAGGCACUUGCACGACGACAACUGUGAAUUUUUACAACAGCAGUAAUAACAGCAAGAUCGGCAACAACAGAAACAGUUUUCAGCAUCAUAAAAGACACCAAUCAAGUAGAGAAAACCCUGAUAGAAUUAAAAAGUCUAAACAGUCACGUGUGAAUAAAACUGUAGGAUCUUCCUCGUCAUCGACGUCAUCAGCUAACUGUAUCAGACUUCAUAAUCGUGGAAUACGCCUACAUUCCGUCAAACCACCUUAUUCAUACAUUGCGUUAAUUACAAUGGCUAUAUUGCAUUCUCCACAGAAACACUUAACUCUGGGCGGAAUAUGCGAUUUUAUCAUGUCAAAUUUCCCCUACUACCGUGAACGUUUUCCAGCAUGGCAGAACUCUAUACGACACAAUCUGUCGCUGAAUGAUUGUUUUAUGAAGAUACCACGUGAACCUGGUAAUCCUGGAAAAGGAAAUUAUUGGACUUUGGAUCCGAAUUCCAUGGAUAUGUUUGAUAACGGAAGUUUUUUGAGAAGACGGAAACGCUAUAAACGUAUUAGUCUGGAGAGUAAUGGUAAAACAUUUUUCUAUAAUUAUUCUGAAUUCAUUAGCACUUAUAGUAACAGUAGGUCGAAUACUGGUCGUAAUCGUUCAACAAAAAAUUCCUCAACCACUAAUGCUACAAUAAACAAUAGAAGUAAUAUAACUAUAAACAGAAAUAAUGCUGAGUUUAAGGCUGAUGAAGACCAUUCUCAAGCAAUAGUCAACUCACCCAUUUUAAGUGAUACUAACAUUAAUACUGACAAUAAUGAUUUCAGUGACAGCAUGUCUUUAUCCAAUGAAGUACAAUUAAAAAGGUGUCCUACUAAUAUUAAUAAUAAUGGCAUCUAUCUUUCACCUAAUUACGCUCAAGAGGAUGGAUAUUUAGAUAAGAUCAUUUGUGAUAAGUCAGCAACGUUUACACAGUAUCCUUCUGUCCAUGACUCCAGUAUGUCAUCAACAUCUUCAUCAUGUGUGACACCAUCUUCGUCAUUAUUUGUUUCACCUCUUUCACCUGGUACACUAGACAAAAAUUUGCCACUUCUAUUUCACUCAUGGUUCGACUCACCUAACAACUGUAAUACAAGGAAUCAAGAGAAUUUUAAAAAACCUUUAUCGUUUAACAUAGAUCACAUUUUAAAUUCGUCUAAAAAAAGCAGUCAAUUGGAUACUGUUAGUCUAACAGGAAGCACAAUCAACGAUCAAAAUGACAACAGAAAUUGUUUAAGUAGCAAACAAACUGAUUCUUCUAAUGUAUCAUUCGCCCAUUCAACAACCUUAUCGACUGUAUCCUCACCACUGUCUUCUUGUCCUCCCACUGUUUCAUAUCCUCUUUCUAUUCUAUCUGCGAAAAAGAAUUCAGAAAUAUCGGAAUCAGUAUUUUCUUCAUCUUCAAUUUCACACAAGUCUUAUACGGACAUUUUACUGAAUUUGCCCAGUUACACUACAGUGUUUAAUUCUGCAAUCACUGGUAAUGAUAAUUUUCCAAGUCAUGAAAAGUCAUUGCAUCAUACCUACUUCAUGCAAUUUUUAUCGAAUCGAAAAGUGAAUAUGACAGAAAACUCAGGUAACUGGAAUUCAUCAGAUCCGUCUAACUGUUUGCUUCCGAAUGUGGAUGUUCAGCUCUUAUCUCACUUCAUUCAAUCUUUUCUACAAACGAAUCAAAUAUUCAGUUAA